AGGCGCACAGGUACCAUUUUGACCGUAAACAUCCUGCCGAUUUGAACCGAGGGUUUGGGCGGCAGGAAGAGCCGCAGCGUAACGGCAGCCAUCUUGUUUGUUUCAGUGAAUCGGAAAGGAGGCGGCGGCCGUGGCGGCGGCGGGAGCUGCUCCGAAGCUAUACCUCACAAGGGCUCCCCCCUUUCCCCGCCCCCUCCCCCGACCCUUUUCCCCUCCCCGGGCCACCCAACCCGGCCCUACUCCCCGCGGAGAGCAAGGUUUCCUCCUGUCUUGUAGUCAACCAGAACAAUGUUCUACGCACAUUUUGUCCUGAGUAAAAGAGGGCCUCUGGCCAAAAUUUGGCUAGCGGCCCAUUGGGAUAAGAAGCUAACCAAAGCCCAUGUAUUCGAGUGUAAUUUAGAGAGCAGUGUGGAGAGUAUCAUUUCACCCAAGGUGAAGAUGGCGCUCCGAACCUCAGGACACCUCUUACUGGGAGUAGUUCGAAUCUAUCACAGGAAAGCCAAGUACCUCCUUGCAGACUGUAAUGAGGCAUUUAUUAAAAUAAAGAUGGCUUUCCGGCCAGGUGUUGUUGACCUGCCUGAGGAAAACCGAGAAGCAGCUUACAAUGCCAUUACCUUACCUGAAGAAUUCCAUGACUUUGAUCAGCCACUGCCUGACUUAGAUGACAUUGAUGUGGCCCAGCAGUUCAGCCUGAAUCAGAGUAGAGUGGAAGAGAUAACCAUGAGAGAAGAAGUUGGGAACAUCAGUAUUCUACAAGAAAAUGAUUUUGGUGACUUUGGAAUGGACGAUCGUGAGAUAAUGAGAGAAGGCAGUGCUUUUGAGGAUGACGACAUGUUAGUAAGCACUAGUGCUUCUAACCUCUUGCUUGAGCCAGAGCAAAGCACCAGCAAUCUGAAUGAGAAAAUUAACCAUUUAGAAUAUGAAGACCAAUACAAGGAUGACAAUUUUGGAGAGGGAAAUGAUGGUGGUAUAUUAGAUGACAAACUUAUUAGUAAUAAUGAUGGUGGUAUCUUUGACGAUCCCCCUGCUCUCUCUGAGACAGGGGUGAUGUUGCCCGAGCAGCCCACACAUGAUGAUAUGGAUGAGGAUGAUAAUGUAUCAAUGGGUGGGCCUGAUAGUCCUGAUUCAGUGGAUCCUGUUGAACCAAUGCCAACUAUGACUGAUCAAACGACACUUGUUCCAAAUGAGGAAGAAGCAUUUGCUUUGGAACCUAUUGAUAUCACAGUCAAAGAAACAAAAGCCAAGAGGAAGAGAAAGCUAAUUGUUGACAGUGUCAAGGAAUUGGAUAGCAAAACCAUUAGAGCCCAACUUAGUGAUUAUUCUGAUAUCGUGACUACUUUGGAUCUGGCACCACCCACCAAGAAAUUGAUGAUGUGGAAAGAGACAGGAGGAGUGGAGAAACUUUUCUCUUUACCUGCCCAGCCUUUAUGGAAUAAUAGACUACUGAAGCUUUUUACACGCUGUCUUACACCACUUGUACCAGAAGACCUUCGAAAAAGGAGGAAAGGAGGAGAAGCUGAUAAUUUGGAUGAAUUCCUCAAAGAAUUUGAAAAUCCAGAGGUUCCCAGAGAGGACCAGCAGCAGCAGCAGCAGCAGCGUGAUGUUAUUGAUGAGCCCAUUUUGGAAGAGCCAAGCCGCCUCCAGGAGUCAGUAAUGGAAACUAGCAGAACAAACUUGGAUGAGUCAGCCAUGCCACCACCACCACCUCAGGGAGUUAAACGGAAGGCCGGACAAGUGGACCCAGAGCCUGUGAUGCCACCUCAGCAGGUGGAGCAAAUAGAAGUGCCUCCUGUCGAGCUUCCCCCAGAAGAACCUCCCAGUCUCUGUCAGCUGAUCCCAGAGCUAGAGCUCCUGCCCGAAAAAGAGAAGGAGAAAGAGAAGGAGAAAGAAGAUGAUGAAGAGGAGGAGGAUGAAGAUGCUUCGGGAGGUGAUCAGGAUCAAGAAGAAAGAAGAUGGAACAAAAGAACUCAGCAGAUGCUCCAUGGUCUUCAGCGAGCUCUUGCCAAAACUGGAGCUGAAUCUAUCAGUUUGCUUGAGUUAUGUCGAAACACGAACAGAAAGCAAGCUGCAGCAAAAUUCUACAGCUUCUUGGUUCUUAAAAAGCAGCAAGCUAUUGAGCUGACGCAGGAAGAACCAUACAGUGACAUCAUCGCCACCCCUGGACCAAGAUUCCAUAUCAUUUGAGCAGCUUCACAGCAUUAUAGCCAGUGUUCAUUUCACUAGUGUGUACAAAUUGCCCCCAUGUGUAGGGCACACAAAACCCUUUCAGAAAAUGCAGAUUUUUGUCUGUACAAAGUCUCUGCCUUUUACUUUCUUCAUUUUUCUCCCCAGUAUUUUAAAUUUAUUAAUUCAUCUUUAAGGGAAACUACUUACGGAUUGUGUUUGUGUUCUGAUGGAGAAAACAAGCAGCCCAGAGGCCCAGAAGAUUAUUUUCACAGUUCAGAACAGAUGUGUGCAAUAUUGGUGCAUGUAAUAAUGUCGAGUAGCAGUCGAAACUCAUGAUUUUUACCUUUAUUUUCCAUUACUGCAUUGUAAACUUGUCUGGGAAAAUGCCUGACAAUUUGAUUAGAAACUGUGGUGUGAGUCUUUGACAAAAGAAAUUGUCUUUACCCAUCAGUAACAUGGACAGUCUUUCUGUUAACAACCGUGCUUAGUGAUGGUACCUAAGAAAACAAGAGGUUGACCUCUUGAGACAGUGUUUUAAGGUAUAAUUCCAUAAUGAGCAAGGGUGAAUGUGAGAUUAUGCUGUACUGAUUGCCUUCCGCUGCAAAAUGAUAGGUAUUACUUGGUAUAAAAGUGUUGUGUUUUGUAAAUCAUUCCAUUGAGUCCUCCUGUUGUGCUGUCCUGAUAUCUGUUGUUUUUAAUGAGGCCCCAAAAUGAACAGAAGUAGACAUUUUUUAAGUAGAAAGACUAUUAAAAAUUUUUAUAAUGUUCUAGGAGCUGUAAAUCAAAGUUUUUAAAAGAUUUUGGAUAUAUUUGUCUGAAUAUUCAAAUCAUGAGAAUAGAAAUUGUCGUGCCUAUUAAAAGUGCAGAUUGAUGGGAAAUGAUACACUAGUUGACUUAGGCUUUAAGCAUACAAUGCUGUAAAAACUAAUGGCUUCUCUUAUAUUUAUUAUAAGUGUUAGUACUGAUCUCUUUCGCCAAUGCUGCACACUCCUGUAUUUGGAACUUUAUUUUAUAGCUUUGAAACAGAAAUCCUUUAUCCGGUUUCCUGUAAUUUAAGUGAAGAAACACACGUCCAAAUAAAGAUUUUAUUAUUAACAAACCAGAUAGCGUCAGAAAUUAUGUGACUAUUGUGAUUAUCAAAACAUGUCUUAACUUUUUAGGACAAAAUUACUCACACUGAAAGUUCUAGCGUAAGUGUUGGCACUUUUGUGGGAAUAAAAUCACUUGAAACUCAGACUUAAGGGUAUACCCAAUAAUGUAAAAUUAUGUGAAAUGUUUUAAAUUUGUGAACUCGUGAUUACUGUUUUAAUGAUUUGGUUUCUUGAGAAUGGUAAUUGUAUAAAAUUGCUCUUGCAGCUUUAUUUUCAGUAUGAUGUGCCUGUAAAACCAUGGUUUUUCCCUUUGUAAAAAGACACUGUAGAUAAUUAAAUGUUUGAUUAUAGAAAGGUCAUUAGUUUCUUGUUACGCAUUGUUAGCCUGGUUUUUAUUGUUUAUCGGGUUUAAUAUUGUUCUUGAAAAUAGUUGAUGCUAUGUUAUGUAUAACUUUUCUAAUAAAAGUUGUGUUACAAGCUGUAAA